CGGAAAGAUUGGGUAUCGUUUUCCUUUUGUUGGGAGGAAUUUGGUUUGCGUGGAAAGUCUCAGCCAUCCUUUUGGGUUUGGUUUUUGUAGCCAUCGCGUUUCAAUUACAAGUGGCCACCAAAUGUACAGAAACCACAGCUCUUCCACCCCGUCGCCAACCCUAAAAUGCUGCUGCUGCUCCUAAACCCUGCUUCGAGCCUCCUCUUCUCCCCCCUCUUUUUCACGCUCGGCAUCAGCCCUAAAGGCAGAGCAACUGCCAGAAGCUACGCACCAGCGGGAAUGGCGAAACACUCCGUCAGCUGGCCACUUGUGCACAAGAGAUGGCUGCUGGGUCUGUUAAUCAUGCUCUCCAUUUCCACCGUCAUUGCUUUCUUUAUCAGGUCCGCUCUCGAUUCCUGCGAUCGUCACUUGGAACAAGUUUCUCAGGAAUCUUCUGCCAAUGCUCCGGUGCCUCCCAAUCCCCUCAGCUUCAUGAGAUCCAAGCGUGUACUCAUGGUCUCGCAUGAACUUUCCCUUUCUGGUGGGCCAUUGUUGCUCAUGGAGCUAGCUUUUCUACUAAGGACUGUUGGUGCUGGAGUUUCUUGGAUAACUAUCCAAAAACCUCUGCAAACUGAUGGAGUGAUUUACAAUUUGGAGGACAAAAUGUUGGUCCGAGGAGUGCAGGUAAUAUCCGCAAAGGGACAAGAAGCUAUAGAUGCUGCCCUCACAGCUGAUCUGGUUGUUCUGAAUACAGCAGUUGCUGGGAAAUGGCUGGAUCCUGUUCUUAAGGGAAAUCUUUCUCGUGUUCUUCCAAAAGUUUUGUGGUGGAUCCACGAGAUGCGGGGGCACUACUUCAAAUUGGAUUUUGUCAAACAUCUUCCUUUGGUUGCUGGCGCUAUGAUUGAUUCACAUGUCACUGCUGAUUACUGGAAGAAUCGAACCCAAGAGCGUCUGGGGAUUAAAAUGCCUGAGACCUAUGUUGUUCAUCUUGGUAAUAGCAAGGAACUUAUGGAGGUUGCGGAAGAUAGUAUUGCAAAUAGGGUUUUGCGUGAGCACAUCCGGGAAUCUCUUGAAGUUCGAGAUGAAGAUUUACUGUUUGGCAUUAUAAACAGUAUGAAUUUCUUGUAACUUGAUAUUCUUAGAUGAUAAAGAUCGUUCUUCCUCUGUUAGGUUACUCUUAGAUGCUCCAAUAUGCCCCUAUUGUUUCAUUUUAAUUUAUUGUCACCCCCAACGUUCCCCACAUUAUAUGAAAAGUGAAAAUAAAAUCUUUCUUUCUUUUACCUUAUUAAGGCAUUGAUGUCAUGUGUUUCACGUGGAAAGGGCCAAGAUCUGUUUCUACGCUCCUUCUAUGAGACUUUACAACUGAUCCAGGAGCGGAAGUUGCAAGUUCCAUCUGUGCAUGCUGUAAUAGUGGGGAGUGACAUGGGUGCACAAACGAAGUUUGAAACGGAGUUGCGGAACUAUGUGAUGCAGAAAAAGAUCCAACACCGUGUUCACUUUGUGAACAAGACUCUUACUGUUGCUCCUUACUUAGCUGCAAUCGACGUUCUCGUUCAGAACUCUCAGGCCCGGGGAGAAUGUUUUGGGAGGAUAACCAUUGAAGCAAUGGCAUUUCAGUUGCCUGUCCUGGGAACUGCUGCUGGUGGCACUGCAGAGAUAGUUGUGAAUGGGACUACUGGCAUGCUGCAUCCAGUUGGGAAAGACGGAGUUCCGGAGCUUGCCAAAAACAUGGUGAAACUUGCAACUCAAGUAGAGAGGAGGCUUACAAUGGGGAAGAGAGGCUAUGAGCGUGUGAAGGAGGUGUUUCUAGAACAUCACAUGGCACAUCGAAUUGCUGUUGUGCUGAAGGAUAUACUGAGAAAGGCGAAGGAUAACCAACAUCGACAUACAAUUUGAGCCUAGCUAUAUUAUUUUUGUGUUCAGAGAUCAAAAGGUGUGACUAGUUUGAAUGCAUUUCUUUGUUCCAUAAGUCAUUUCUCCCAUCAAGGCAGCAGUACAAAGAUGAUUUUAAGAGAGAUUUAACUAUAGGGAAAAGAUGCAGUUACGGCCCCCAAGUCUCUGCCUUCACAGAAGUACUGUAACUUGUGUACAUACUAGGAUGAGUUCCAAUGAUGUCUCCAUAGCGUUGCUGAGUUUGCAUUUUGUCUCGAGUCUUUCAACUUUCCUGGUGGUAAAUUUGAUUAAUUUCUGUUGGCAUGCUGUUAAUUGGCUUGUAGGAAGGGAUGUUUGUUAGUUCCGGUCUGUGUGCGAUGUUCAAACUUUUGUCUAUCAUGCAGGCAUGUAAUGAUGUAAGCUCG